UCGACAUACAACCGAGGAAAUCCCAAUAGAUACCGUAAAGAGAGGAGAGUGAAAGGGCACCCAAAAACCCCUAAAACCACUUCUGAUUUCGAACCCUAAUUUGGUAAAACUCUUUGAAUUUUCUAGACCUACUAUUGAUUCCGAUAAUUAGUUCUACUAAGGUGUGAUCUCGCACUGUAGAGAUCGUCUUCGUCGUCAUGGAUAUCGAACAAAAGCAAGCGGAGCACAUCGACCACUUCGUCAAACAAGCGUCCACCAUAAAGGGUUCAUCAUCAUAUCUCGCAAAUGUCAUCGUGGAAGCCACCUCACACCCUUCUCUCUUUGCGUUCUCCGAGAUUCUUUCUCUCCCUAAUAUUCUCGAGCUUCAAGGAACAGAGCAUUCUAUAUACCUGGAUUUGCUUCAGAUGUUUGCUCAUGGAACAUGGAGUGAAUACAAGAGUAGUGCUAGUAAUCUUCCACAGUUGACACCAGAUCAGAUCCUCAAGUUAAAGCAACUCACUAUGCUCACACUUGCUGAAGCCAACAAGGUACUCUCAUAUGAUGUGUUGAUGCAUGAAUUGGAUGUUGUAAAUGUUCGUGAGCUUGAAGAUUUUCUCAUCAACGAGUGCAUGUAUGUGGGUAUAGUAAGGGGCAAGCUAGAUCAGCUUCGAAGAUGUUUUGAGGUGCAAUUUGCAGCAGGAAGGGAUCUGAGGCCUGGACAAUUGGGGAAUAUGAUUCACACUUUAUCAGAUUGGCUGGGUACAUCAGAUAAUUUGUUGAUUUCAAUUCAAGACAAGAUAAAAUGGGCAGACACGAUGAGUGAAUUGGACAAGAAACAUAAAAAAGAGAAUGAAGAAAGACUGGAAGAAGUCAAGAAUGCUCUCUCUCUCAAGAAGUUACAAACUGUGAGCAGGCUGACAUGGACUUCCGAGGGCACGGGCUUUUUGCUGAACCUGGUGGAGUAAUGGAUUAUGAUGAAGACCGCCGAUCCAAGAGGAGACGACAUCCGAUGGGGUGAGAUGGUUAGCGAGACGUUUAAUUAAAGAAGGAGAGUCAUGAGUCGGGGCUAGCCAGUUGUUUUUUUCUUCUUCUUCUGAAAGUGAUGAACCGUUUUGAACUUUGGAGUUUGGGUUAUGAAAUACAUUUAAUGGGUCUGUAAUUAGAUCGAUGUUUUUGUAGCCUUGUCACACCCUUUUCUUUGAAAGGCCAUUUAUGUCUUGCAUAUACUCCUCUCCACAUCUUGUUUCAUAUUUUUGAGUGAAAAAAAACAGUUUUUUGUUCUA